AACUCGUUUUUUAGUUGUUAUAUCAAUAGGCGUGGCAAAAUGUGGGUAGCACUGGCAGUACUUUUCGUUGCAAUACUGGCGGUUCUGGCAUACCUCGAUACCAGAAAACCCAAAGGAUUUCCUCCCGGACCUCGUUGGUAUCCUUUGGUCGGCAGCGCUCCUCAGGUGAAAAAGGCUCGAAUAAGGACGGGAUCUCUGUACGAGGCUACAGCCGAAAUGAGCAAAGAAUAUGGUGCAGUAAUUGGACUUAAAGUGGGAAAAGACCCCCUCGUUGUGGUUUACGGGCCCCAACAGAUAAAAGAAUUCGGGAUGUCCGAGGAUCUGAUUGGAAGACCGUACGGAUCAUACUUCAAACUGCGGACUUGGGGCAAAAGACGAGGAAUACUUUUGACGGACGAGGCUUUCUGGCAGGAGCAGAAAAGGUUCCUGUUGCGGCAACUUAGGGAGUUUGGUUUCGGCACCAAAACAAUGUCGUCCCUUAUUGAGGACGAGGUGGAACAUUUUGUGGACUACGUUGGAAAAUGCAUUACCAAAAGUGGUUCAGAAAUCACUGUCAACAUGGAAUCAUUCUUCAGCAUAAGUAUUCUGAACACCUUGUGGAAAAUGAUGGCCGGUAUCCGGUAUUCUCACGAAGAUGAAAACUUGAAGAGGCUGCAGGAAAUUUUAUCAACGCUCUUUCAAACGAUCCACAUGGUAGGAGCUGCGUUCAGCCACUUCCCGAUUCUCAAGCAUAUUGCUCCCGAAUUGUCCGGCUAUAAAUGCUACGUAGACACGCACGAGCGCAUCUGGGAAUUCCUACACGACGAAAUUCAACAGCAUAAGAAAACUCACAGUCCCGGCGACCCAAGAGAUCUGAUGGACAUCUAUUUGGAUAUGUUGAAUCAGCCCGCAUGUCCUGACUCAUUUUCCGAAGAGCAGUUGCUGGCCAUUUGUAUGGACAUGUUCAUGGCAGGCUCGGAAACUACCAAUAAUACACUUAGUUUUUGCUUCUUAUAUCUGAUACUUAAUCCGGAUAUACAAAGCAAAGCCAGGGAAGAGAUCGACAGCGUUCUGGGCGAUCGAAUGCCUAGUUUGGAAGACAGAUCAAAAAUGCCGUAUAUGGAGUGCAUCGUUUUGGAGUCGCUACGUAUGUUUGCUGCGAGAGCAUUUUCGGUGCCACAUAGGGCCGUUAAAGAUACUUACCUCGGGGGUUAUUUCAUUCCCAAAGAUGUUCUGGUAACUGCCAACUUGCACGGGUGUAUGAUGUCCGCCGAGGCUGGUUUUAAAAACCCGGACCAGUUUAUACCAGAAAGAUUUCUAAAAGAUGGUGCCGUCUCUGUGCCGGAGAAUUUCUAUCCAUUUGGACUUGGAAAGAGGCGUUGCAUGGGCGAAUAUCUAGCGAGGGCAAACAUAUUUCUCUUUGCUACCAGUCUUCUCCAGAAAUUCGAGUUUCAUGUGGUUCCAAGAUUCCCUCCCGAUAUGAAAAUUGUGGAUGGAGUGACGCCAGCGCCUCUGCAUUAUCAGGCGACGAUAGUUUUUCGACAAAAUGAUUGAAGCGUGCUUUUGUCGUCAGCUAUCAGGGAUUAUUCACGCAUUGACUGAUUAACAUCGCCAAAUAAUUAUUAUUGAACUUAGCGAUAAAAAUGUAGGCUAAUCUUGCUAAAAAAUAUGUCUCGAAUUUUUGUGGUAAACAAUUGUUAAUUUUAAACAUAAAAUACUAUAAUUCAAAUAGUUUAAAAUUUUAUACUUUUAUUUUGAUAACCAUUUAGAGUGUUCAGAAAACUACGGACAAUUUACUUGCAAGAAUACAAAGAAACUGAUAGAUUCUAUAAAAGUUUAUGCCCAAAUAUAAUAAAACAAUGUUCUCACCGGUAAAUAAAAUAAUCGCGGUGGUUGCAUAGACGUCCGCUGUAGUUAAGCUUCUUUUCGAAAAAAAUAUUGAAAAUCGGAAUUUUCCCAAUUCCCAAAUGACAGUUUUCUAUCUUCACUUUUUCUUGAUCAU